ACAAUGAAGGCGUAAGUUAUAAAUGUAUUCCACACAUGUCAGUCAACCCCAAGAAAUCAAGUUCCAUCCCAUUAUUAGCCAAAGCAUAAUAAAAAUACUCUCUCGAUCCUGUGUUGCCAAGCAAGCAAGUUCCAUGCCAUGAUGGACGCUCCAAACACCAAGCGUCCUCGACGACAUGAUGAUGAUGCAACCUCCUCAAUUCAAAACCCUAAUUCCCUUCCAAACUUCGAUUUGAUCGUCUCUUCUCUGCUCUCGUCACCCUCGUUAUCCUCCUCGCCGCACUCUUUCGAUCAAGCUCUCGAUCGCGCUCUCGCCUCCGCUUCCGACAACGUCUCUGAUCAAGAUCACCUGGUCGAUCGCACUGUCGAACUCGCCUCGCUUCUCCUCGACUCCACUAAACGGUGUUUCCGAAAGCGAGCCUCCCUUCACAAUUCCAAUUCUUGGGCCUUCCCUCGAGAACUCACCAUCAAGAUGUUUUCGAUGCUUGACAAAAAGUCUCUGAUGCAAGCUAUGGCAUGCUGCACCAUGUUCCACAAGUGUGCCAGGGACCCUUUAUGUUACUCUCAUAUCGAACUUAUAAACAAGAACGUUGAUGAUGGAGUGGUGCGUACCAUGAUCCAUCGGGCUGGAAACAAACUCAGGUUCCUUGAACUUGGUCAGGUUGCGUCCCCAGCUAGAUCUUCAAUGCCUCUGCUUACAGGAUCUUGUCUUUACCCACUAUUUGACAAUCAUUCUUUCAUCGGGAAUGGCUUGAGACGUGUACACCUUUACAAUCUCAUUUCUACGUAUGGAGCUGGUCUUGAUAAGAUAUUAAAUUGUUCAAAUAUCACCGAUUUGAAAAUUGUUGGACUGUCCCCCUCUGACGAGAUAUUCAAGUCGCUCACAACGAAGUCAUGUCGCAGAGUAGAGCACCUGUUCUUAGAGGCCGGUGGUUUCCAAUAUGGAUCAAUAAUAGAAACAGGCUUGAUAGACCUUGUGACCACCAUCCCCAACUUAACCUCGCUAACGGUCAUAGGUUUUGGAGUAGAUGAUAACAAAGCCCAUACUAUUAUCGAGGGUUCUCAUAAACUGAAGUACAUGAAUCUGUCUAGAACGUCACUAAUCAAGGGCCGCUUUUUGAGGGACUUGGGACAUGGCAUCAAAGACCGUCCACUCGAGACUAUAAUAUUGCGCGAUUGCACUUCUCUAAAGGAGAAAGAAGUUUUGCAGUUUCUGAACUCGCUACUCGCAGGAAACUUGAAAUUCAUACGACACAUUGACGUGUCAAAUAUCCGUGGCUUAGUUUGUGAUGGUGGCAAAAGAUCUGAGAAACCAAACUUUCCUCUGGAGAAGCUUAAAGAAGAAAGACCAAAUGUCAAGCUUGUGGCAGAAUUCACCUCUUCAUUAUCAAGCUCAGAGAGACUUUUGCGCGGCAUUUCUUACGUCAGCAGUGAUGAUGAGGAUGCAUUGAUUGUGAGCGAUGAUGACAUGGAAGACUUUAUUGUAGAUCAAGAUGAUAUUUUCUGAUCAUUAGAUUAAGAUGUUGUUAGUAGAUAACCGACAAUGGUUAAUUGUAUGUUAGCAUCGAACUUCGACAAUCAAACAGUAUGACUUUAGCACGGUUAAUUGUAUGUUAGCAUCGAACUUCGACAAUCAAACAGUAUGACUUUAAGCA